UGAUUUAGGCUGUCAGUAAAGGUCAUUUAUAAAUAGUUGUUUGACGCGCAAUUUAAUCGGGAAUGUCGGCUUAUGUCAUCAUCCUACUUCCUCUAACGUAUGCUCAUAAUAAGAAAGCGACUUAUGGUGAGGCUAUAAAAUGUGAUCAGCCAUAGGACAAGAUUCAUAGAGACCUUCUCAUACGUAUAAGUCAUAUGGAUAGUUAGUAGAACAAAGAAAAAAAAAAUCAGUUCCAAUGUCAUAUAGGUUAUUUUAAAAUGUUUUCGUAACAAGAGAUGUAAGCAGAUUUUUUUUUCUUAAUUUUUAAUCGCCCUUGAAACUUACUUUCACAUUAAUCUUGUUUUUAAAGCUCCAUUUCCAUCAUAUAUCGGGAAGUUUAUAUUUGAUUCCCGUCUGUGAAAUAGUUCUUACUAAAUUUGAAGGUAGAGUUUGAAUAAAGUGAUUGUUUCUAUCAAUUAAAACGUAUUUUUUAUUAGUGUUUAAUAAUCAUGUUAGAAAUGUGCGUGAUUCACUUAUUUGACGUUAAUUAAUACGGAUUUUUCAAGGGGGCAAAUUAAAAGAUAUUUAACUGUUGAAAUUGUGAAGUGAAAAUGGGGAAUUCCCUUUUAUUUUACAAUUAUUAUUAUGAAAGUAAACAACCUUUUAGUUGAUCAUUUAAUAGUUUUAAUGCAAAGGAAAUAUUUGUGUAGAUAUUAAAAUCAUAAAUUGUAUGUAAAAUAAGAUAAAAUAAAAUAAGAUUCUUUUAUGGAUCCAAGUAAAUGUUUUAUUUAUUAUAUUGUCCAUAUUCAUUUUAAGCACAUAAAUAAAUACAUAUUUUUUUUUUAUAUUUUAAGGCUACAUUGUACACAUAGAAAGAUUUAAACACAAGACAUCUGCAGUGUUUGACUUAGCGCAGUGGUCGGAAAAUCGCGGCUCACGAGCCGCAUGCGGCUUUUUAGCGACCUGGGUGCGGCUCGGCCAGGCGGCUACAAAUCGGUUUACAUUCCGAAAAACAUGGUUCUUGAAAAGAAAUUUAGCUCUAAAAAAUUAUUUAAUCGUCCUCCUGCUCAUGUUUGGCUCUUUUGACUAAUGAGUUUUCUGACCACUUGUCUAGCAUAAAAAUCAGCCGUCAUACCACCCGCCCCUCCUUUUUUUCAACAAAUAGAAAUGAACUCUUUUAGUACAAUAUACAGUAUAUAAUUAUUGAUAAUUUUUGCACUGAUAAGCGCUUGGGGGGGGGGGGGAGGGGGAGCACGCUGCUAAAUUCUGAGAUGUCAGACAAUAUUUUUUUUCUUGCAGUUGAGUAUAUGUCAAUUUAUAUAUAUAUAUAUAUGUAUUUUAUGCAAUUUUGAUUCGAAAUCAGGUUCAACCGGACAUUGGAGAAACCAUUACUUGUUUGAGGGUAUUCAAGUGGUCAAGGGAGCCAACGAAAAACUAAAUUAUAUUAGAUCUAAUACUUCCUUUUCAAAAUCCGUUAUAUUAAUACAUGUCGUUUGCCAGCCUCGGAGAAGGGUAGCACUCAUUGGGAUUCUUACAAAGUGCGUUACUUGAACGAGUGUGCUUUUUUUUCCUUCAAAUUUUCAGCCUAUCCGCCAUAUCUCGAUGUUACAUUUUAUAAAGGAUUAAUACGAAACACUUUGUUUUUACGGGGUUGUAUAUUUACAAGUGUUCAUCCUUUUAACUAUUUGUGUGAAUAUCCUAAUUUGAUGGAUAGUUCUAGAAGAAAUAACGGGUUAAGAAGCGUAUACACAUUGGAAAAUAUUAUAUUCAUUCGUCACUGAUGGGCUGCCCUUUUUCCGACUGAUAUAAGAUACCUAUGGUUCAUAGCACUUGUAUAUGUAUGAAAAGUGCUGCACGUCUGUUUGUAUGUAUCUAUCUAUCUAUACUCCGGGGGGCUGCUCUGUGACUCGAUUUAGUAUGUGCAUAUUUUUCAGCUUUUUUAAUAGUUUAGAGGUUUUUACGAAGUUUUCAAUGGAAUAAAUACGUGUUGAAUGUGUUUUAUCUGUUUUGUCUGAUAAUUUUGUGAUUUCAAUCGCGAGGAAAGGAAUACAUGGAUUUUGUUGACAAAAACCAACAAAAAUCCUUAUCCGCAAUAUUGGAAAAAAUUGAUCCAUCUAUCUAUCUAUCUAUCUAUCUAUCUAUCUAUCUAUCUAUCUAUCUAUCUAUCUAUCUAUCUAUCUAUCUAUCUAUCUAUCUAUCUAUCUAUCUAUCUAUCUAUCUAUCUAUAUAUCUAUCUAUCUAUCUAUCUAUCUAUCUAUCUAUCUAUCUAUCUAUCUAUCUAUCUAUCUAUCUAUCUAUCUAUCUAUCUAUCUAUCUAUCUAUCUAUAUAUCUAUCUAUCUAUCUAUCUAUCUAUACUAUAUAUUAUAUAUAUCUAUCCGUCUGUCUUUCUGUCUAUCUAUUUAUCUAUAUAUAUCUCUAUUUAUCUAUCUAUCUAUCGAUCUAUCUAUAUAUAUUAUAUAUCUUUUUAUCUAUUUAUCCAUCUAUCCAUCUAUAUAUUUAUCUGUAUGUCUAAUGGAUCUAUUUAUAUAUCUAUCUAUAUAUAUCUCUAUCUGUCGGUCGGCCUGUCGGUCUGUCUAUCUGACAUCCAAUUAUCUAUCUAUCCAAGAAAAUCUUAAACCAUCUCUAUUUUGAAAAUUAAAAUUUAACUUUUGUAAAAUGAUUGGAUUUUGAUAGUGAUGCGUAUAAUUAUGUCAAUGUACCUACGUUUUGUUAACAUCAUUGGUUUUCUUAAUUGGUAAACAUAUGUUUAUUUGUAAAAUGAGAAUAUAGCAUAUAUUUUUUAACCACUGUAAUAUCUUUGGAAAUAAAGAUAUUGUCAUCCGCAUAAAAAAUGUACACAACCUAUUUCCUACCCCCAAUUUCAUUCUCCCAACCCCCACAGCCUUUAAAAAGAAUGACUUAAAUUCUCCGCAGGUUUGUAAUUCCCUAACUUACGCCAAAAAAACAAUAUUUUCUGAAUUUCAUAUGCUUUGUUCUUAUUUGGUUUUGACUACUUUACAAAUUUCAGAAAAGCAUAUUUUUGGAAUUAAUAAAAUGUAAAAAAAAUGUAAAUGUUUAAAAAAAAAAAAGCUAAAUUUGUAUUAAUGUAAGCAAAUUUUGGCAAUUGAAAAAGAAAUCGAUUGCAUUUAUUAAUUUUACAUUUAAAAUGGGGAAAAUACAUUUUCAAUUUUGCCACGCGGGGUUAUUAAAAUCUUUUAGAUUUCGCUAAAUAGGCCCUUCGCGCUAUGAAAAUAACGUGAUGAUUUAGAACAUAUUGAUUUUAAUUUUAUUUUCGGAAUAUUAACAACGCACUAAAAACUUACUAUAAAAUCUGAUGUUAUAGUUUUCCCGAUUAAUGUGAUUACGGUGUAAUUCUUUGUUCAUAUUUUUAAAAAAAAUAAAAAAUUCAUAACUUUCAAACACAUAUAAAAUGCUUAAAAUAGUUCCUUAGUUGAUACUUUAAAUGUAUUUGUUGUUAAUGGUAAUAAUACUUGAACUUCUAUUAAAAUAAAAGCGGAUAUAUAAUAUUUUUUGCGCAUUUAAAUUUAUUCAUUUUUUUUGUAAAAUAAUAGAAAAUAACACUAUGAUCGUUUUUUAUGAAUCCGAACGUAUUUAAAUCUUUUAUGUAUCUAUCUAUCUAGCUAUCUAUAUGUCUCUCUGUCUAUCUACCUAUCGUCUGUCUGUCGCUUUGUCCCUCUGUCUAUCUCUCUAUCUUUUUUCAUCUCUCUAUAAAGCUCCCACUAUCUUUCUCUCCCAAAAUAUCUCUCUCUAUCUCUAUUUAUUCUCUAGCUCUCUCUCUCUCUCUCUCUCUCGAUACCUGUCUCCAUUUCUCUCUCAUAUGAGAGUUAUCUAUUCUACUGUUUCUUUUACACAUCUUGAACGCAGUCCUUUAUUUAUUAUCCGUCCUCUAUUUUUGUUAGUGUCAUAAAGUGAAAUGUCAAAUGCGAUAAAUCGAUUUUUAAAUUUUUUUUUCCUGAUGAAACAGCACAGCGAUAGUGCCAAGAAAGUCUUUCUGUCGUAGUAUGUUUAAUGGUAACAACAGCAACCCAAGAUUUGGCAUUGAGACCAAACCAGACGCACGAGAUUUUCUGCCCAAGAGAAAAGAAUACUCUUCAUUUGAGGAGCGCAAGAGGACUUUUGAAGGAUGGCCCGUGGUGUUUUUAACAGCAGAAAGACUUGCGGCUGCCGGCUUCUGGUACUUGGGUAAGUCAAGGUUAGGCUUAUGACCAGUUAUCGACACUCCAGAAAAGUCAUUCUGCUACUGCUACUACCGAAAAGAUAAUAAAUCUUUAGAGGUGUUCGAAUGAUUUCAAUUCAUGCGCAACCACAUUAUUAUAUUUGAUUUAUUAUUUGUGGUGUUGUUUUUAACCGUGUAGGAUUAGGGGCCUACCAUAAGUCCCUCAUGCUCCAGAAAAGGGGGAUGGGGGGUCUAGGAAAGCGUGUCCCUUUGGGACAUGGGUGAUGGGGGAUGGGGGAGAAGGGAAGGAUCUUAUGUGACGCCACACAUAUUUUUUCAUCAUCGAAAUAAAACCCUUAAGUUGGCAAUGAUGUUACAUUUUCUGCUGAGAUAGAUGUAAUCUCACAGUGAUGUUAAAUUUUCUGUUUUGAGAUAUGUAUUCUGACAGGAGAUGUCACUUUUAUAAAUUUAUUAGUUUAAUAGUGAAGUGGGUUUUAGAUUAAAUCUUAAUUAGUUUUUAAAUUUUUAACCAAUCGUUUUAGUUUGAAAGUGUGACGUACCUUAGGGGGUAUGGGGGAGUCUCAUAUUUGUGACAGCGUAUGACGGGGGGGGGGGGGGGGGGCGAGCGGAAGAAUAUAACAACUUUCCGUCUUUUCGCAUGAUGUAAUUUAUGGACGGCCCCUUAAGAGAUUUUUAUUUGAGUAACAAAACAAAACAAAAAAAACACAAAAAUUAUGAGAUUAAAUACACUAAUUUUGACAUAACAAAAAUGUUAUGCUUCUGUAAUAAAAUGAAUUUGAAGUUAUCUCAACGCAAUAAGUGCAUUUACCAAUUUAAGCCCUACUUCUAUUUAAUGACGCUAAGUAGGACUUAAUUAUAUAUAUAUAUAUAUAUACUAAGUAUAUGUACAAUAAAAGUUUCUAUAAAAGAAAUUACUAAAUAUUGUUCCCCGGAAAAAUGAUUCAAUAUCUUUUAUAUCCCGCCUUCUCAGUUGAAAACCCUGGCUGAUCAUUUCGUCAUUUCACACCACUUUAACACCUUGGUUUAACAUAGUUACGAAUGAACCCGCACAAAUUUUGAAUACGAAACUCCCCAAAAACCACAAGUUAUUAUUUUUUUAUUGCGUUAUCCUCUCUACCUGUGUUAAUUUACUAGUUUUAAUUUACCCUUGUUAACUUAUUCGUGUUGUGUUCCCUCGUGUUGUUUUACAUCAGUUGAUUUACUUCUGUUGAUUUAUUCGUGUUGAUUUAUUUGGGUUGAUUUACUAGAGAUGAUUGACUCAUGUUAAUUAUUUACUCCUGUUUUUACAAUAAAAAUAAUUAGUUUCAAUGUACGUAGAAAUGAUACCGUACGCCUUUCUCAGCGAUAAUCUAAAGGUUGACAAGUGUAGUAAGAAAGUAAAAUGCAUUUUGCUCAUAAAGUUGUGUUCAUGUCCCAAGAGGAGAAAAGGGAAAUUCCGAUUCUCAAGCACUUCGUGUUUUGGUUUUUUCUCUGCUCACGUGGACAAUCUUCUCUAUUUCUAUGACUAGUGUGAAAAAUGACACGCUUCUCCAUAUAUAUGGAAAGUAACUUUUCACAAAAGAAAGUAAUAAAAAAUAAUUAUUUUCCUACUAUCCUAAACCAAAAUUUCUUUGUCCAUUUUGCCCUGAUCCAAAUCUAGAAAUGGGGGGAGGGGGGGGGGCUAUAGGGCCACAAUUCACUCGACGCACACACUGACGUCCUUUUUAUAUUUUUUAUGUGAUGCAGUCAUGGGUUGAUCUUUUCAUGGAAUUUCGAUGUGGGGAGUGUCAAGGGUAUGAGAAUCACUGUUGUUAUGUGUAGAUUAUUGUUUCAAUGUUUGAUGUGGAAAAGAUGUUUAGUUAGAGAUUUUAUGUGUAGCCGUAUUGUUUGUGUGAGAGUGUUGUGACGUAAUUGUGUAGUGGGAAGUGACGCGUUAGUUUUCAUUGUUAUUAGAGAAGAGAGAUGGCCGUUGUGCACUAUUCAGAAUAUAGCUUCCUGCGUGAUGUUUCUAUGUGUGAGGAUUUCAAAUAGAUAUAUUGUGAAGUUGAACGGUUACAAGCUGUAUAGGGAAGUACACUGAUUGUCACGUUGAAGAGGCAUAUUAAAUUUAUAUAUUGUAUCGAACCGUGGAGUGUUUGUUGAAGUGGAGACUAUUACUUUUGGUCGUGCUGUUCGGUGACCAAGUGGAAGACUUGGCUGGAUGAAUAGACUUUCAUUGCCAUGCGUGUAUGAUUUGCAACAUAACAGAUACAAUGUCUUGACAGGGAGUUUGGGGGGAGGGGGGGGGGGGUUAUAAUGAUAACAUUUUCACUGGCAUGAAUAUGACUUAUGGGAUCCAUCGUCUCAUUAACUGUUUAAUACGCCCAUGGCCACACAUAUAGAGUCUAUGUGUGUUCUCAGUUUAUGGUGUUUUUUUUUUCAUUUGGUCUUUAGUGGGAGCAUGUUUAAAUACUGCCAGUAAGAAGAACAAUUUCCAAGACUCACACUGAUGCAUAGAGACUGAAAGAGGUGUUUUGUGAUCUUUUAGAGCUACAUUGUGUAGAGCUUUAUUUUGAUCUUAUGGAGCUAUAUUGUGAAAUUAUAGAGCUAUAGUGUGAUCUUAUAUAGCAAAAGUGUGAUCUUAUAGAGGUAUAGUGUGAAAUUAUAGAGCUAUAGUGUGAUCUUAUAUAGCAAAAGUGUGAUCUUAUAGAGCUAUAGUGUGAAAUUAUAGAGCUAUAGUGUGAUCUUAUAGAGCUAUAUUGUGAAAUUAUAGAGCUAUAGUGUUAUCUUAUAUAGCAAAAGUGUGAUCUUAUAGAGCUAUAUUGUGAAAUUAUAGAGCUAUAGUGUGAACUUAUAGAGCUAUAUUGUGAAAUUAUAGAGCUAUAGUGUGAUCUUAUAUAGCAAAAGUGUGAUCUUAUAGAGCUAUAUUGUGAAAUUAUAGAGCUAUAGUGUGAUCUUAUAUAGCAAAAGUGUGAUCUUAUAGAGCUAUAUAGUGAAAUGCUAGAGCUAUAGUGUGAUCUUAUAUAGCAAAUGUGUGAUCUUAUAGAGCUAUAUUGUGAUCUUAUAGAGCUAUAGUGUGAUCUUAUAUAGCAAAAGUGUGAUCUUAUAGAGCUAUAUUGUGAAAUUAUAGAGCUAUAGUGUGAUCUUAUAUAGCAAAUGUGUGAUCUUAUAGAGCUAUAUUGUGAAAUUAUACAGCUAUAGUGUGAUCUUAUAUAGCAAAUGUGUGAUCUUAUAGAGCUAUAUUGUGAUCUUAUAGAGCUAUAGUGUGAUCUUAUAUAGCAAAUGUGUGAUCUUAUAGAGCUAUAUUGUGAAAUUAUAAGAAUAUAGUGUGAUCUUAUAUAGCAAAUGUGUGAUCUUAUAGAGCUAUAUUGUGAUCUUAUAGAGCUAUAGUGUGAUCUUAUGUAGAAAAUGUGUGAUCUUAUAGAACUAUAUUGUGAAAUUAUAGAGCUAUAGUGUGAUCUUAUAUAGCAAAAGUGUGAUCUUAUAGUGCUAUAUUGUGAUCUUAUAGAGCUAUAUUGUGAUCUUAUAGAGCUAUAUUGUGAUCUUAUAGAGCUAUAUUGUGAUCUUAUAGAGCUAUAUUGUGAUCUUAUAGAUCUACAUUGUGAUCUUAUAGAGCUACAUUGUGAUCUUAUAGAGCUACAUUGUGAUCUUAUAGAGCUACAUUGUGAUCUUUUAGAGCUAAAUUGUGAAAUUAUAGAGCUAUAGUGUGAUCUUAUAUAGCAAAAGUGUGAUCUUAUAGAGCUAUAUAGUGAAAUGCUAGAGCUAUAGUGUGAUCUUAUACAGCAAAUGUGUGAUCUUAUAGAGCUAUAUUGUGAUCUUAUAGAGCUAUAGUGUGAUCUUAUAUAGCAAAUGUGUGAUCUUAUAGAGCUAUAUUGUGAAAUUAUAGAGCUAUAGUGUGAUCUUAUAUAGCAAAUGUGUGAUCUUAUAGAGCUAUAUUGUGAUCUUAUAGAGCUAUAUUGUGAUAUUAUAGAGCAAUAUUGUGAUCUUAUAGAGCUAUAUUGUGAUCUUAUAGAGCAAUAGAGUGAUCUUAUAUAGCAAAUGUGUGAUCUUAUAGAGCUAUAUUGUGAAAUUAUAGAGCUAUAGUGUGAUCUUAUAUAGCAAAUGUGUGAUCUUAUAGAGUUAUAUUGUGAUCUUAUAGAGCUAUAGUGUGAUCUUAUAUAGGAAAUGUGUGAUCUUAUAGAGCUAUAUUGUGAAAUUAUACAGCUAUAGUGUGAUCUUAUAUAGCAAAUGUGUGAUCUUAUAGAACUAUAUUGUGAAAUUAUAGAGCUAUAGUGUGAUCUUAUAUAGCAAAUGUGUGAUCUUAUAGAGCUAUAUUGUGAAAUUAUACAGCUAUAGUGUGAUCUUAUAUAGCAAAUGUGUGAUCUUAUAGCGCUAUAUUGUGAAAUUAUAGAGCUAUUGUGUGAUCUUAUAUAGCAAAAGUGUGAUCUUAUAUAACUAUAUUGUGAUCUUAUAGAGCUACAUUGUGAUCUUAUAGAGCUAUAUUGUGAUCUUAUAGAGCUACAUUGUGAUCUUAUAGAGCUAUAUUGUGAUCUUAUAGAGCUAUUUUGUGAUCUUAUAGAGCUAUAUUGUGAUCUAAUAGAACUAUAAUGUGAUCUUAUAGAGCUAUAUUGUGAUCUUAUAGAGCUAUAUUGUGAUCUUAUAGAGCUACAUUGUGAUCUUAUAGAGCUACAUUGUGAUCUUAUAGAGCUACAUUGUGAUCUUAUAGAGCUACAUUGUGAUCUUAUAGAGCUAUAUUGUGAUCUUAUAGAACUAUAUUGUGAUCUUAUAGAGCUAUAUUGUGAUCUUAUAGAGCUAUAUUCUGAAAUUAUAGAGCUAUUGUGUGAUCUUAUAUAGCAAAAGUGUGAUGUUAUAUAACUAUAUUGUGAUCUUAUAGAGCUACAUUGUGAUCUUAUAGAGCUAUAUUGUGAUCUUAUAGAGCUACAUUGUGAUCUUAUAGAGCUAUAUUGUGAUCUUAUAGAGCUAUAUUGUGAUCUUAUAGAGCUAUAUUGUGAUCUUAUAGAGCUACAUUGUGAUCUUAUAGCGCUACAUUGUGAUCUUAUAGAGCUACAUUGUGAUCUUAUAGAGCAACAUUGUGAUCUUAUAGAGCUACAUUGUGAUCUUAUAGAGCUAUAUUGUGAUCUUAUAGAGCUAUAUUGUGAUCUUAUAGAGCUAUAUUGUGAAAUUAUAGAGCUAUAGUGUGAUCUUAUACAGCAAAAUUGUGAUCUUAUAGAGCUAUAGAGUGAAAUUAUAGAGCUAUAGUGUGAUCUUAUAUAGCAAAAGUGUGAUCUUAUAGAGCUAUAUUGUGAAAUUAUAGAGCUAUAGUGUGAUCUUAUAUAUCAUAUGUGUGAUCUUAUAGAGCUAUAUUGUGAUCUUAUAGAGCUAUAGUGUGAUCUUAUAUAGCAAAUGUGUGAUCUUAUAGAGCUAUAUUUUGAAAUUAUAGAGCUAUAGUGUGAUCUUAUAUAGCAAAUGUGUGAUCUUAUAGAGCUACAUUGUGAUCUUAUAGAUCUAUAGUGUGAUCUUAUAUAGCAAAUGUGUGAUCUUAUAGAGCUAUAUUGUGAAAUUAUAGAGCUAUAGUGUGAUCUUAUAUAGCAAAUGUGUGAUCUUAUAGAGCUAUAUUGUGAUCUUAUAGAGCUAUAGUGUGAUCUUAUAGAGCUAUAUUGUGAUCUUAUAGAGCUAUAUUGUGAUCUUAUAGAGCUAUAUUGUGAUCUUAUAGAGCUAUACUGUGAUCUUAUAGAGCUAUAUUGUGAUCAUAUAGAGCUAUAUUGUGAUCUUAUAGAGCUAUAUUGUGAUCUUAUAGAACUAUAUUGUGAUCUUAUAGAGCUAUAUUGUGAUCUUAUAGAGCUAUAUUGUGAUCUUAUAGAGCUAUAUUGUGAUCUUAUAGAGCUAUAUUGUGACCUUAUAGAGCUAUAGUGUGAUCUUAUAGAGCUAUAGUGUGAUCUUAUAGAGCUAUAGUGUGAUCUUAUAGAGCUAUAUUGUGAUCUUAUAGAGCUAUAUUGUGAUCGUAUAGAGCUAUAGUGUGAUCUUAUAGAGCUAUAUUGUGAUCUUAUAGAGCUAUAGUGUGAUCUUAUAGAGCUAUAUUGUGAUCUUAUAGAGCUAUAUUGUGGUCUUAUAGAGCUAUAGUUUGAUCUUAUAGAGCUAUAUUGUAAUCUUAUAGAGCUAUAUUGUGAUCUUAUAGAGCUAUAUUGUGAUCUUAUAGAGCUAUAGUGUGAUCUUAUAGAGCUAUAUUGUGAUCUUAUAGAGCUAUAUUGUGAUCUUAUAGAGCUAUAUUGUGAAAUUAUAGAGCUAUAGUGAUCUUAUAUAACAAAAGUGUGAUCUUAUAGAGCUAUAUUGUGAUCUUAAAGAGCUAUAUUGUGAUCUUAUAGAGCUAUAUUGUGAUCUUAUAGAGCUAUAUUGUGAUCUUAUAGAGCUAUAUUGUGAUCUUAUAGAGCUAUAUUGUGAUCUUAUAGAGCUACAUUGUGAUCUUAUAGAGCUACAUUGUGAUCUUAUAGAGCUAUAUUGUGAUCUUAUAGAACUAUAUUGUGAUCUUAUAGAGCUAUAUUGUGAUCUUAAAGAGCUACAUUGUGAUGUUAUAGAGCUACAUUGUGAUCUUAUAGAGCUAUAUUGUGAUCUUAUAGAGCUACAGUGUGAUCUUAUAGAGCUACAUUGUGAUCUUAUAGAGCUACAUUGUGAUCUUAUAAAGCUAUAUUGUGAUCUUAUAGAGCUACAUUGUGAUCUUAUAGAGCUACAUUAUGAUCUUAUAGAGCUAUAUUGUGAUAUUAUAGAGCUAUAUUGUGAUCUUAUAGAGCUACAUUGUGAUCUUAUAGAGCUAUAUUGUGAUCUUAUAGAGCUAUAUUGUGAUCUUAUAGAGCUACAUUGUGAUCUUAUAGAGCUACAUUGUGAUCUUAUAGAGCUACAUUGUGAUCUUAUAGAGCUACAUUUUGAUCUUAUAGAGCAAUAUUGUGAUCUUAUAGAGGUAUAUUGUGAUCUUAUAGAGCUAUAUUGUGAUCUUAUAGAGCUACAUUGUGAUCUUAUAGAGCUAUAUUGUGAUCUUAUAGAGAUACAUUGUGAUCUUAUAGAGCUACAUUGUGAUCUUAUAGAGCUAUAUUGUGAUCUUAUAGAGCUACAUUGUGAUCUGGGAACGCUGAAGUGUUUCUAUUUCAAAUACAUUGAUUUUUUUAAAUAUAUUUUUUGCAAUGGCUUCUGAAGAAGUCAUUUAUCUGAAAGUCCCUUUUAAUUGUUCUGUCUUUAAGUUUUCAUGCCUAAACAUAUCUUCUUCCCAUUUUAUUCACUGAUACAUAGCUAAGGUAACGAACGCAUGACUGGCAUUGACUGCACACAUGUCUCACCCAUUUGUGACUUUUAUUUAUAUACUAUCUUUUGGGGAAUUUGCAGGAGAUUGCUCUGGGUUGAGUUUGCGUUUGAGAGUAAGGGUUGAUUCAUGAGAGGGUUCGGUUUGUGGUGGUAGAAUUCAGGGGAAUACUGGUGGGGAAAUUGGGGGGGGGGGCGGUUGGGGUAAGAAAGCAUGCUAGUAUGAAAAGAACCCCACUGAAGCAACAUAGGUAGUAGGAUUGGUAUAUCAGGAUCCGUGCUGUGGGGAAUAGGACUGCAUUAGGUGAUAUAGAAUCACUUGGUUGUAAAUAGCUGUGAGAUUAAUCGAAAAUAAUACAAUCAAUUUAAUAUUUGACGUCAUCGCACAAAACGAAAGUUGCUGUUAAAGCUCAAGAUGAAUUAUUUAGAAGAAGGUCGAUAAUGUAGCCACUUCUCCUCUACUUUUCGGUCGUGUCUAUGGGGUGAAGUGGAUUAUUUAGUAAGUUACCGUCGUAUUUUCUGUCGCUCUAGGGUGUGCCGGGAAAUCAAUUUUCUUUCAGAUGUUUAUUUUUAGCAAAGCUCCUGAAACAAAUUUCUGUGCCGAUAAAAUACCCUCUUAACAUAAAUUCAUUUGAAACAAAUAAUUUUCCCCAACAUAAAUACGUUCUUUUUCAAAACGCUUUAAUUUAAAUGUAUCUGGCGAAGUAGGAAUUGUAUAGAGUGUCCGGUUUCCAUGAUUGUUUUCAAUACCUUUUUAUGCUUACAUUGUUUCCCUAAAUUGUUUCCCUAGUGUUACAAGGUCGGUCCCUUUUGUUUACUUACCCCCAUUAACCUAACCGUGUCAGAUUAGCACUGCCAAGAAGCACGACAUCUGUAUCCGAACAAGGGCACAACCAACCUUGAUUUAAGCAGACAUUGAUCUACUUUAUGGUCAAGCCACGCGAAAUGAGUAGGCCUAUAAGACUGGACGCAUCCUCCCUCGAGGGGCAGACCAGAGAAGGAUCAUAUCGAUAAGUGGUUAGCCGUACGUUUCAAUUGCUGAGUACUAGAUUAGGGCCAUUCAAUAGUUAGCAGGAAUAUUAAUUCCAGGAGCUUAGACUUGGGAUAGCAUUUUUUAUAUUAUUAUUACUGUGAGGUUAGAUAUUGUUAGUGUUAGACCUGCAUUCAUUUCAUUAUAAUGUAGAUUUUAUGUAUCAAUGUUCACAUUAUAGUCCAUGUAAUAAAGUACAUUUAUAUAGUGCACUGAUUGUCUUAAUUUUAGCCAAUAAUGUGUCUAAAAUCUACCUGUGUUAGCCCUUUUUACAAAGCCCCUAGACCACGAGCUUGUUCACAUACGUUGAACACAAUAAGGGGCGUAACAAUACCUUAUUUUCAUACCUUGUUUCCAUACCUUGUUUCCACACCUUGUCUCCACACCUUGCCUGUAACAUAUCUACUAUCCUCGCACAGGAGAGGGCGAUCGGGUUCGCUGCUUCUUUUGCGGAGGAGGAGUGCGGAACUGGCUGCCGGAAGAUGAUCCGAUGUCAGAGCACAGAAGGAUCUUUCCGACCUGCGGGUUUGUCUCGAUGGCAACGGAAAAUGGGGAUGAACAGCUACAAAGCAUCAACAUCAAGAAGGCAAACAAAUCCAGACUUUGAAAUAUAUUUAAGAAUUUUUUAACAUGAACAAAAUAAAUGUUCUUAACUUAUAUAGUGUAUUUUGAUGCUGAAUGUGAUACAUUUUCUUUGAAAAACAUAAGAAUAUACAAUGCACUUCUCAAAUUAAGGUCAAAUUCAUGUGGAUAUUAUAUUUAAAAUUGUUUUUUUUAAGCAUUUUUAUUUUAUUUUAAGUAAAUAAAGGAAAAUAUCAACAUGACUACUAGCUUGCACUAAAGUAUUUAAUAUUUCGAAUUUGCUUUCUAAAGUACGACAAGAAACAUAUUUUG